AUGUCGCAGGAACAUUCAGACCAGUCGCUCUACGAUGGACCUAACAAGAAAGAAAUUCGAGAUCUCGCUCGUACGCUUACCGCUGCGAGCGUCGCAGUUUCGGGGAAUUCGGACGCGGCCGUGAAUCCUCUCGCGGCGCAGCCUGGUGAACCUGGCUACAACGCGCGUCUGGAUCCAAACUCGGACGAAUUUUCGUCAGAGGCCUGGGUACGCAAUCUGAGCCACCUAACGGCUGAAAACCCAGACUACUACAAGCCGUUCUCGCUGGGGUGCGCGUGGAAGAAUCUUCGGGCGUACGGUGACUCUACGGACGUGGCCUACCAGUCGACGGUGGCGAAUUUGCCCUGGAAGCUACUUCAAUUUGGGUACCGUUGCGUGCGCAAAUCUCGGCCCUCGGAUAAAUUCGACAUUUUGAAGAGCAUGGACGGUAUCUUGAAUCCGGGGGAACUGCUCGUUGUGCUUGGCCGUCCAGGGUCCGGGUGUUCGACGCUGCUGAAAUCCAUUUCUUCCAAUACCCAUGGGUUCAAGGUUGCGCCCGAGUCCGAGAUUAGGUACGACGGCCUGACUCCGAAAGAGAUCGCCAAACACUACCGGGGUCAGGUCGUGUACAACGCGGAGUCGGAUGUGCAUUUCCCGCAUUUGUCUGUGUUCGACACUCUUAAGACCAUAGCGCUUUUGUCAACGCCUGCCAACCGUAUUGAGGGAAUGGACCGUGAAACCUACGCAAAACAUGUCACCGAAGUUUACAUGGCCACUUACGGACUUUCGCACACGAGAAACACCAAAGUGGGAAAUGACCUCGUGAGAGGUGUUUCUGGUGGAGAAAGAAAACGUGUCUCGAUUGCGGAAGUCGCCAUUUGCGGUUCAAAGCUGCAGUGUUGGGAUAACGCUACAAGAGGUUUGGACUCUGCGACGGCUUUAGAAUUUAUCAAGGCUUUGCGUGUCAACGCCCAAAUGACCAACACCUCGGGUGUUAUCGCCAUAUACCAAUGUUCUCAAGACGCAUUCGACUUGUUUGAUAAAGUUUGCGUUCUUCACGAAGGAUACCAGAUAUAUUAUGGCCCUGCCUCCGAAGCCAAGCAAUAUUUCGAAGACAUGGGCUACGUAUCUCCCGAAAGACAAACCACAGCAGACUUCUUGACUGCUGUGACAAAUCCAGCUGAAAGAAUCAUGAAUCAGGAAUUCAUAAAACAGAAUAAAUUCAUUCCCCGCACGGCCGAAGAAAUGGAAAAACACUGGAGAAAUUCUAGUAACUACAAAAGACUAAUAGGACAGAUCGACGAAUGCUUUGCGCGUGAUAGUGACAAAGCGAAACAGGAAUUGCAAGAUGCGCAUACUGCCAAACAAUCAAAGCGUUCUAGACCAAGCUCUCCUUACACAGUGAGUUAUGGAAUGCAAGUCAAGUACCUACUGAGAAGGAAUAUACAAAGAAUUAGGAGUGACGCUGGUGUCACUAUUUUCCAGGUUGUUGGUAACGCUGCUAUGGCAUUUAUCUUAGGUUCGAUGUUUUACAAGAUUUUGAAACAUGACGACACGGCUGGGUUUUACUCCCGUUCUGGUGCUCUGUUCUUCGCGGUCCUGUUCAAUGCUUUCUCGUGUCUUUUGGAAAUUUUCGCUCUUUAUGAAGCCAGACCUAUCUCCGAAAAGCAUAAGCGUUAUUCUCUAUAUCAUCCAUCUGCAGACGCUUUGGCGUCGGUGAUCUCGGAAAUACCAGCUAAAAUUGUUACUGCUAUUUGUUUCAACAUUGCACUAUAUUUCCUGUGCAAUCUGAGGCAAAGCGCUGGCGCAUUCUUCUUCUAUUUUUUGAUGAAUAUGGUUGCAACUUUCGCCAUGUCUCACAUUUUUAGAUGUCUGGGAGCUGCCACUAAAACAUUUUCGGAAGCUAUGGUUCCAUCUUCCCUCUUGUUGUUAUCGAUGGCCAUCUAUACAGGUUUCGCUAUUCCAAAGACUAAAAUGCUCGGUUGGUCCAAGUGGAUUUCCUACAUUGACCCGCUGUCUUACAUUUUUGAGUCAUUGAUGGUAAACGAGUUUCACGGCCGCAAGUUCCAAUGUUCUGUUUACGUUCCUACAGGUCCGGCCUAUGCUAAUGCAACCGGCACGGAACGCGUAUGCUCCGCCGUCGGUGCAGUUCCUGGUCAAGAUUAUGUGCUUGGUGACGAUUACCUCAGACUAAGUUACAAUUACUUGCACAAGCACAAAUGGCGUGGUUUUGGAAUUGGAAUGGCUUAUGUUGUUUUCUUUUUGGGCGUCUAUUUGGCCUUUACCGAAUUCAAUGAGAGUGCAAGGCAACGUGGUGAGGUUUUGGUGUUUACAAGGGAGUCAUUGAAGAAAAUGAAAAGGGCUAAGAAAUUGGAAAGCGCACGCGGAGAUGCGGAAAACUCCGCAGGCAUGGAAACUGGUAUAAACGAAAAGAAGCUUUUGGAGGAGAGCGGGGAAAGUAGUACAUCGUCCUUUCAGGACGUCAAGCUUUCGCAAACAGAGGCGAUUUUCCACUGGAGAAAUGUGUGUUUUGAUGUAAAGAUCAAAAAGGAAGAUCGCAGAAUUUUGAACAACGUUGAUGGUUGGGUUAAGCCUGGCACAUUAACAGCCCUUAUGGGUUCUUCUGGUGCGGGUAAGACUACCUUACUUGAUUGUUUGGCAUCGAGAGUAACCACAGGUGUUGUUACGGGCGAUAUGUUCGUGAAUGGCCAUCUACGUGACGCUUCGUUUGCAAGAUCUAUCGGAUAUUGUCAGCAGCAAGAUUUGCAUUUGCAAACCGCUACUGUUAGAGAAUCUCUCAGAUUCGCAGCGUAUUUGCGUCAACCUGCGUCUGUAUCAACCGAAGAGAAGAAUGAUUAUGUCGAAGAGAUAAUUCGUAUUCUUGACAUGGAAAAGUACGCUGACGCCGUCGUAGGUGUUGCAGGAGAGGGUUUGAACGUUGAGCAACGGAAGAGAUUAACUAUUGGCGUCGAACUUUCCGCGAAGCCCAAGCUCCUUUUGUUUUUGGAUGAGCCAACGUCUGGGUUGGAUUCCCAAACUGCAUGGGCCAUAUGUCAAUUAAUGAGAAAACUUGCAAACCACGGACAAGCCAUUUUAUGUACUAUUCACCAGCCUUCGGCCUUGUUGAUGCAAGAGUUUGACAGACUUUUGUUUUUGAAACGUGGUGGGAGGACUGUUUAUUUCGGCGAUCUCGGUGAUGGCUGCUCCAAAAUGAUUGAUUACUUUGAGUCUCAAGGUGCUCCAAAAUGCCCACCUGGUGCCAACCCUGCCGAAUGGAUGCUCGAGGUUAUAGGUGCGGCACCAGGAUCACAUACCGAUAAAGAUUACGGCGAGGUCUGGCGUAAUUCCGAUGAGUACAGAGCGGUCCAGGAGGAAUUAGACUGGAUGGAAAGAGAACUGCCAAAGCGUCCUCUGGACACGGCUGCUGAGCAGACUGAAUUUGCUACUUCCUUGUUUACGCAAUAUAAACUGGUGACACAACGUUUGUUCCAACAGUACUGGAGAACUCCAUCAUAUCUGUGGUCCAAGAUCAUCUUAACGUUGAUCUCGCAGAUUUUCAUCGGCUUUACCUUUUUCAAAUCUGACAGUACUCUGCAAGGUCUACAAAAUCAGAUGUUAUCGAUUUUCAUGUUUACCGUUGUCUUCAAUCCAACAUUGCAACAGUACUUACCAUCUUUUGUUUCUCAACGUGACUUGUAUGAAGCUAGAGAAAGGCCUUCAAGGACUUUCUCUUGGAAAGCUUUCAUUCUUUCUCAAAUUACUGUCGAGGCUCCAUGGAAUUUUGCAGUAGGAACCCUGGGAUUUUUGAUUUACUACUAUCCGGUAAGCUUUUACAGAAAUGCGUCCUAUGCACACCAGCUACAUGAACGUGGUGCACUAUUUUGGUUAUUCUGCACGGCUUUUUACGUCUACGUUGGAUCAAUGGGUCAGUUAUGUAUUGCAGGAAUCGAAGUCGCUGAGUCUGCUGGUCACAUUGCUUCAUUAAUGUUUACGCUAUCGUUGUCGUUCUGUGGUGUCAUGGUGACUCCUCAAAACAUGCCAGGCUUCUGGAAGUUCAUGUACAGAGCGUCUCCGCUUACUUACUUCAUUGAUGGCCUGAUGUCUACGGGUCUAGCCAAUGCGCCCGCUCAUUGUUCACACUAUGAACUGGUUUCGUUCACACCGCCCGCAGGUCAGACGUGCGGUGAGUACAUGGCUCCGUACAUCAAGAUGGCUGGCACAGGUUACCUCACGAGUCCAAGUGCAACAGACAAAUGUUCUUUCUGUCCGGUGUCUACUACCAACGAUUAUCUUGCACAGGUAAGUUCUCACUACAAGGACAGAUGGAGAAAUUGGGGUAUUUUCAUUUGCUAUAUCUUUAUCGAUUUUGGAUUCGCUAUUUUCUUCUACUGGUUGGCAAGAGUACCUAAGAAGAAGAACAGAGUUGCUGAUGAGAGAGACCCAGAUGCUCCUAAGAAAUCCGUCGCAGGCACUAAGAACUAA